AUGUUUAUUUCUUCUACAUUAUUUUCGGCCUACUCUGUAUUUGAAAUUUUGGCUACUUUAACUCAGAGUUCGAAAAGUUUAUCUAUUAACCAAGUUUCGGUUAUUACAAUAAAAAUACAAUUUAAAGCUAAAGAAUUACAAUUAAUGUUGAGAAGUUUUGUACUGAGACUACAGCAGUUUUGGAAGUAUCCAGACAGGGUGCCGUUACAAGAUGAAGCAGCUAAGGAUGAUUUGGAACAAGGCACUUGCGAGCUCUUCGGUUUUUUGACUGGGCUGCUCCGAUCUCGAGAAAUACAUCUUGAAAAAUGA